AUGGGGGCCGGUCAACAGCUACGAAACUACAGUUUUCAAGUGUUUGACAUGCUGGAGACGAGGCUCGACGCGAGGAAGCAUGAGUUGAAGUCCGCAUUUACAGAUAUACAGCAGCCCGUGGUCUCAAUGGACACGGAUUUGGUGGAGCGCUCUAGUAUUGGAGUGGAUACAGUGGAGUUCUCGCGUCUGGAGCUGCUGCCUUUUGCAACAGAAGCCGUCUCGACUACGAUGUGGUCGUUCAUUGAGUUGGGCAGGUUCCCUGACGGCGAAGUUUCCGUUGUCACUCGUCGGUCUGAAGAUGGAUUUGGCCUCAGCUCUCGCGUUACAGCGCAGCUUGGUGAUGGCGGUGUUGCGAUUAUCGACUCUCACGGUGUAAUGAAGCGGUUCGGCACGGCUGAUGGCGUUGCAAUGAUGGCCGAGUCGUGCUCGACCUGGACCCGCCAGCCAUCCGCCGAGAGCAGGAAAUUUAAUGCCAUCGUCAUUCCGAAAUUCCGCGAAGUGAUGGAGUCACGCCGUCAAUUCGUCGAGAACGCUCUAUUCGAUAGCAUCCGUGAUCGAGACGCUGCUCGCACAUGAAGAUUGGAUAAUAUCACUUAUCCACGG